CACAGCACAAGGCACAGUGUCACAGGAAGCAAAGGGGGACUCAGACAUUGUGCUCUGUUUCAGCAGGACUGUAUCGCAUGCAGUGACAAACCGGAUCACUCUCUGGAGGAUUGCAUCUGUCAUUUUCGUUCCUUUCUCUCCCUCCGAGGAGAAGAAUCUUUCUACAUUCUGAGGCCAAAACCUCAACUUUUAUCUGGGGGACAAACAAUGCAAGAAAAUGCCUGCAGCGGAGAAAGUCAACUGGAGAGUGUGUCGGAUUGCUCAACUGAGUCCCCAGACUCCUGUCCACUGUCCUGCAUGGAGCCCUUUGCGGUGCGCAGGCUUUCGUGCAGGACUGUCCAGCUUCCCCCUUUGGCCUUUAGGCAGGCUGAGCAGUAUUACUGUGAGAGGAGACCAGAGACGGAGACGGUCCAGCCUCGACCCACCAGCCUCCCCCUGAGAGUUCCUCCGCUCAUCGCCAUCACCUCUGCAGACACAAGCAGGUAACAGCUGGAGUUUCAUGAUGUUGUUUAUGCCAAAAAACAUUUUAAAUGUUUAUAUCUUGAAAAAAAAAAGUGUGCAGAAACAAUUAUGGUGAAUUUUUAGUUUUAUGGAGAAAACUUCUACUUCAUAGUAAAGCACAAUUGUUUUAUUAAAAGAUUAAACAACAGCCUAAUGUACUAGAAUCCAAUAUUGCAGAAGAUAUAACAUGAUACAUUAAAAAUAGAUAUAAUAAAAGAUAUAAUAAAAAAACUAUGAAUUUGUGUAUGUAGUUAUUGUAACGUUUACAAUUUUACUGUAAAUAUUUUUUGUAAAAUUACAUGAAAUGUUCUAUUAGAUAUGCAAUUUUACAUUAAAGAUACGAUUAGAUAAGAUUUUUUAAUUAUGUUUUUACAGCAGCAUGCAGGUUAAAGUCUUUCCCUAUUAAAAUUCACUGCAAAAAUUUGUGAUCAGUAAGUUAUGGCAACUUCUGUUUUUAUUUUACUUUAACUUCAAAUGGUUUAACUUAUUCAGCUUGUUUUUGAGUUUUACAAGAUUUUAAUAGUUUAAUUCGAUAUUUGAAAUGACAACGUUAUUUUGAUUCAACUUAAAUAUGCAAGUAAAAAAGCCACUCAUUUUGUAGUGUACAUUCUUUAAAAAAGAAUGACAUGGAGCUAUUUUUAUAUUAAACUUGUGUUUAAAGUAAAUUGUGUGGUAAAACAUUAAAAACUGAAGGCAACUCAUUUCAUCUAGAAACAUUUUCAUAAUUAUUAUAUUAGGCAAAAGAUGAUUGAUAAUCACUGAAAUAUUACUG